CAAGGAGGGUCAAGAGCCACGAAAGAGAACGACAGAUACAGAGAGAGGGAGGAGAGAGACCCAGAGAGCGGGACACAGCAAUCCAGAUGACGAGUGACAUGGCAUCCUAGAAAGAAAUCGUAAACAGAAGAGAAAGCGUUGAGUGCGGGGAUUCGUAGCGGGUGAUAACCUUUACUGUCUCUCUCCACUUUCCCAGCAGAGGGCGCCCGGGACCGCAUUCCCAGGAGUCCAGGUAACCAAUCCCACCUCCUACCCCCCACCGCCACCCCGGGUCCCGCCAAGCCCAACCGAUGGAGCUAUUUUUACGCGAUGUCACAGGACACCAGCGGCUGGAAGGCCAUCCUCUGUCUGUCCUUUGGUCUCUUCGAGUGACCCUGCAACGUCUCCCCAGCCCACCCCCACCUGUUCCUGGCAAGCCCUGCUGUCUUUGGCAUCAUUCAAGGCUAUAGCUCAGGUCUCCCUGGGUCUCCGCAUAUCUAGCAAAGAACCCAAGUGGAGACCCCGGGAGAGACCCCAGCGAGGGCGCCGGGUGAGGGGUGCGCAUGUUCGUGGUUUGCAGCUGCUGGAGGGGCCCAGGACCAGGCAAACCACAGGGGAGAGAGUGGUGGAGCUCACCUAAGACUGAUGGUCAGAGAAAUUCAGAGAGAUGACUCCAGAGACCCCGAGUCCUCCAGAGGCCCUGACACAGAGACUAGUAGUAAUUCAGGGAAAGAAAAAGACCCAAAGGGGCGCCCCAGAGAAACCCACAGGCAGAGAUCCAUACAGAAGACUAAGAGAGAACGAGAGGGAAGAGACCCAGAAAAACAAGCAGAGUCACCCGGACAGAGGGGAGAGACAGAGACCAAGGGACACAACAGGUAAACAGAGACAGACUCCCAAGAAACAAGAUUCAAAACAAAGACGGAGACUGGAGACACCAGGGGAGUCCCCCAGGACGGCGAACCCUGAGAUAAUUGCCGCCUAGAGACACUCAGAGAUGCAUCCCUGACCAAGAUCAAGGGCAAAGCCAGAUGCAGAGAAUGAGAGAAAUGGGUGGAAAUUUGUGACUCCAACCCAGGGUCUCAGAUACUCAUUUAAGAAAGACAGAAGACAGGCAGGCAGGCAGACGAGGGACAAACAUGGAAACCCGCAGAGACAGAGACCCUGGGCUACGGACAGGCGGAGGGAAAGGGGACCAGAAAGCGGAAUAGACACGGAGAGAGCGUAGCUCGCGGGUGGCUGCGGGGGGGAAAGGCGGGCGCCCCGGCAGAGGGCGCGCGGCUGCCCUCUGCCCCGCCGGGGUCACGGCGCCCCCUCCCCCGCGCCCUGGCCGGAGGGCCGGGCUAUUUUUACGCGUGGACAUCGGACACCGGGCUGGGGCGGCGGCGGCGGCGGCCGAGGUGGGGCCGGGCCGGGUCGGGCGUCGGGGCCACACGUCCGUCCGCGGGUCGCCGGGGCUGCGCGCGCCAUGGAGCCGCGGUGCCCGCCGCCCUGCGGCUGCUGCGAGCGGCUGGUCCUCAACGUGGCCGGGUUGCGGUUCGAGACGCGGGCGCGCACCCUGAGCCGCUUCCCAGACACGCUGCUCGGGGACCCGGCGCGCCGCAGCCGCUUCUACGACGGCGCGCGCCGCGAAUACUUCUUCGACCGGCACCGGCCCAGCUUCGACGCCGUGCUCUACUACUACCAGUCCGGCGGCCGGCUUCGGCGGCCGGCGCACGUGCCGCUCGACGUCUUCCUGGAGGAGGUGGCCUUCUACGGGCUGGGCGCGGCGGCCUUGGCGCGCCUGCGCGAGGACGAGGGCUGCCCGGUGCCGCCGGAGCGGCCCCUGCCCAGCCGCGCCUUCGCUCGCCAGCUCUGGCUGCUCUUCGAGUUCCCCGAGAGCUCGCAGGCCGCGCGCGUGCUCGCCGUCGUCUCUGUGCUCGUCAUCCUCGUCUCCAUUGUCGUCUUCUGCCUCGAGACGCUGCCGGAUUUCCGCGACGACCGCGACAAGCCGCUAGCCGCGGUGGCUGCAGCGGGACCGCUCCCCAGUCGGCUGAACGGCUCCAGCCCUGCACCUGGACCCCCAGCUCGCAUGCCCUUCGACGACCCUUUUUUUGUGGUGGAGACACUGUGCAUCUGCUGGUUCUCCUUCGAGCUGCUGGUGCGUCUGUUGGUUUGCCCGAGCAAGACAGUCUUCUUCAAGAACGUGAUGAACCUCAUUGAUUUCGUGGCCAUCUUGCCCUACUUUGUGGCUCUGGGCACUGAGCUGGCCCGGCAGCGGGGCGUGGGUCAGCCCGCCAUGUCCUUGGCCAUCCUGCGAGUCAUCCGGCUGGUGCGCGUCUUCCGCAUCUUCAAGCUGUCACGGCACUCCAAGGGCCUGCAGAUCCUGGGCCAGACGCUGCGGGCCUCCAUGCGCGAGCUGGGCCUCCUUAUCUUCUUCCUCUUCAUCGGCGUGGUCCUCUUUUCCAGCGCCGUCUACUUCGCCGAGGUCGACCGGGAAGACUCCUAUUUCACCAGCAUCCCUGAGUCCUUCUGGUGGGCGGUGGUCACCAUGACCACCGUUGGCUAUGGGGACAUGGCACCAGUCACCGUGGGCGGCAAGAUCGUGGGCUCUCUGUGCGCUAUUGCUGGUGUGCUGACCAUUUCCCUGCCUGUGCCGGUCAUUGUCUCCAACUUCAGCUACUUUUACCACCGAGAGACAGAGGGUGAAGAGGCCGGAAUGUACAGCCACGUGGACACGCAGCCCUGUGGCCCCCUGGAGGGCAAGGUCAACGGGGGAUUAGUGGAUGGAGAGGUGCCCGAGCUAGCACCUCCGCUCUGGCCGCCCCCGGGAAAACACAUGGUCACUGCAGUGUGAGAGCAAGUUGAGGCCAGCAGGACCUCACAUUUCUGUGGAGGGAGGGGUGAGGGGGGAGGCAGGGAAGGGUGGAGGGGAAGGGGGUUGGGUUUAGGAAGAACUAGGUUAAGUGGCAAUGAGCUGAGGAAUGCUGAGUCUUUUUAUUGGGUCCUGAGUUGCGGUUUGGUACCUCUGUAGGUCCCUCCUUAGGUGGCAGCGAAUGGUGGUGGGUUAUGCUGAGCUGAGGGAGAAGCUACAUCAGUUUCUUUUGCGUUGGUUUUCGCAAGGCUGUGGAACCUUUGGGGUAGCGUUGAAAUAGAGCCGGUCACGUAGUUUUGUGAGUUUCUUUGUUCUCCGUCAGGUUGGGUUGGGUCAGGUCGGGCUGGGUUGUGAAUCUAAGUGAGUCUUGUCUGACUGCCUCGCGCAGGAUUCUGUGGGUUUUAUGAGUCCCCUAGGGCCAUGGUGGGUUCAGUGAGGUGGCCACCCAGAGCAUUGUUGGGACUGACUGAUUGCGUGCUUGCACAUACUGUUGCAGAGUUGAGACAUGUUGGAAAGUGUGUGGCUUUGUGAUUCUUCUGGGGCUGUGUUAUUUUAGGUUCUGCGAACUUGUGAGUCAUGUAGGAAUACACAGAGGCAAAGGGAUAGAAUGUGAGCUUUCUAUGUCACAUCAGCAUCAGUUGGGUGGGAAGGUCUGACCACAGGAAUCUCGCAGGGUGCUGUUGAGUUGAACUGUGCAGCAUUGUGUGGCUGGAUGCUUCCAGGGCUACACGGACCUGAGCCGUAUGGAGUUGUAGGACCAUGGGGGUCUCACGGGGCCAGUUCAUAGGGUCAGGCCGAGGUGAGCUGCACUGAAUUUGCCAUCGUGGGUCCGGUAGGAACGUUGGGUGGAGUUGGCCUGUAUGUGUGAACUCCCUGGGGCCAUGUGGGUUUGUUCUGGAUGAAGUGGCAACACCAGCACCCAGGGGCAUCGGCACUGGGGAGGAGUCGUGUAUCAGGGAGCGAAGGGGCUAUGGUGGAGUCUGGGAGACAACUGAACCUUCUGCUUACUGCACACCUGUUUUAUUUUGCCAUGAAAACCUUCUUGCUCUCUGUCCUUGCCUACAGUUUUGCUUCCAGACAUGGACGUCAGAGCCACCAGGGAAGGUGGAGGGAGGGGGACAGUGUCUGCACUUUGUCUAGACAUGGCGGGGGGUGGGGGGGGGGGACAGAGACCUAGGGAAGGACAGAGACUCAAAGAAGAGAAAAAAGCCCAAAGUAGAGGGAAGAAAGACACACAGAGUGAGGAGCAGAGACUCAGAAAGGAGGAGACAAAGACCCAGAGGGAAGGGGGCAGAAACCCAAAUCGAGAGGGAGACAGAGACCAAGAGUGGGGCAUGGAGACCCAGAGCGGGGUAUCAGGCACAGAGAGAGAGAGAGAAAGAGAGAGAGAGAGAGACAGAGAGAGAGAGCGCGCGCACACACGCACCCAGAGCUGGAGGCAGACCAGAGUGCCCGAGAGAAAGAACCAGAGGAGAAAAUGGUGGAACAAGUCAGUGCUGCUGAGCCUGAGAGAGACGCAGUCUCCAUUCCACAGAAUCCCAAACUGGGGCAUGCCGCCCCAUCUUCCCGAGGCCCGAGAACACUGUCAGAUGAACCGGGCGAAACCUGAGUCUUAAGAGCAUGAGAGUGGCUUUCCAAGGUCAGGCAGCCCGUCACUGUCACCAGGGGCCAGGGCUCAUGGCCGUCUGCCUGGCCCCACGUGUCUCGUCCUCCUCUUGGCAUGCACAAGACCUCCUGAGUCCAAACAGCCCCACAGACAAGGAAACCGAGGCUCAGAGGGGAGGGCAUCACCCAAGGUCACGAAGCCAAACAUUGGGUGGGGUCUUUCCAUACAGAGGGCAUUUGGAGGAGGGGGAGGGGGAAAUCGCUAACACAUACAGGGCUUCCUGUGUGCCAGGCAUCAUUCAAAUACUUUACUCGUAUUAAUUUAUUAAAACCCCAGUGGUUUACACAGUGUGGUUGUUGUUAUUUUUAGCGAUAACAACCCCCCCUUCUUUUUUGAUCAAAUGAAAUCUUACUUAGAGGCACCAGGCUGACCCAUCAGAAGGGAACGGGUGACUCAGAAUGUGGCAAGACGCUCUGUGUGGCACCCCUGACUUAACCCAACUACUUCUUCACGCAGAGAGAUAGGAGAAGGCACUGACUGCGGGAAGAGUUCGAUAAAGGUCGGAAAUCACAUAACCUUUAGGUGGUCACUUUGCUUGGAAACGGAGAGAAAGGCACACCUGGAGACAGGAACGGAGACAGGCCCCCCAGGGGUGGCAGACCCAGGCAGAGGCGUAAAGGCAGGCACAGAGUGCCGCACAGAGAGGC